AUGAGCUCGAGUAUUCAAGUUACAGAUGAUGACGCCAUCGUAAAACUGAUAGAAAGGUAUUCGUCAUGGAAUAGGCUAAAGCGAGCCGUUGCGUGGUUGCUGAAGUUUAAGUUAUGGCUUCAAACCAAGAAAACUUGCCAGUCGAAAUCACUGACAGUAAACGAUCUUAACCAAGCUGAAACUACAAUAAUAAAGCACAUCCAAAGGCAAGCGUAUCCGGAAGUCAUUAAAGUGUUCAACGGUUCUGAUCACCGUCAAGUCAAGGCGAAGCURAAAGGAUUACCGUCAUCACUUCAUGGAUUGAGUCCCAUAAUCGAUGAACAAGGAGUGUUGAGAGUGGGAGGAAGACUAGAAAACUCAUCUGUCAGACAUCAGAUUAUCCUGCCAAGAUGUCAUCGCGUAACGGAUCUCAUAAUCCAGGCCUGUCAUGAAGAUUGUGGACAUCUCGGGGAAUCGUACGUAUUGUCGCAUCUGCGCCAAAGGUAUUGGGUAAUUAAAGGAAAGUCAGCAGUUCGCAGAGUUAUCGGAAAGUGUUUCCUUUGUAAAAGGAUGAACAGUUUGCCUAUGACGCAAAUGAUGGGAGAACUACCAAAAGAAAGAGUCAAGCCAGAUGAUCCUCCAUUUACGUCAGUUGGUGUUGAUUUCUUYGGCCCAAUUUACGUGCGUCAACGACGAUCACAUGUCAAACGAUACGGAUGUAUUUUUACCUGCCUGGCAACAAGAGCAACCCACAUCGAAGUAGUCGAAUCAUUGGAUACUGAUUCGUUUAUAAAUGCCUACCGUAGAUUUGCCAAUACCAGAGGAAACCCUUCCGUGGUGUACAGUGAUAACGGUACUAAUUUGCGGGCUGGAGAGAGGGAGAUACACAAAGCAAUCCAAGAAUGGAACCAAGACAAGAUUAACCAGACUUUGAGCCAGAAAAACGUACAAUGGUAUUUCAAUCCUCCAAAAGCCUCACACAUGGGUGGUGUCUGGGAGCGCGUAAUCAGGUCAAUCCGAAAGAUAAUGAGAGCGAUACUUGGAAGUAAGGUUGUUACUGAUGAAGUCUUACGAACAACUAUGUCCGAAGUGCAAGCAAUUCUCAACAGUCGACCACUAACACCACUCAGCAACGAUGUAAAGGACAUGGAAGUGCUUACCCCUAACCAUCUGUUGCUUUUACGAAGUAAUGCAAAUCUGCCUCUAGGGCUUCAUAGCGAGGAGCAUGGCUACUGUCGACGCAGGUGGAAACAGGUACAGCAUCUAGCGAACGUAUUUUGGCAGCGAUGGCUGAAAGAAUAUCUUCCAAUCAUGCAAGUACGACAGAAAUGGCUCAGGCCCCAGCGCAACCUACAAGAUGGAGAUUUGGUGCUAAUAGCAGACGAGAAUACCCCGCGUGGUAAAUGGCCAAUUGGCAAGGUUACAAAGGUGAACAAAGGAAGAGAUGGUUUGGUACGUUCAGCCUGUCUCUCCACAAGUUCCGGAUCUAUGGUCACAAGACCUAUCACAAAGCUCUGUUUUCUUGAACACCAAGAACAAUGA